AUGGCGGCGGGCGUGGCGGCCUGGCUGCCCUUCGCGCGGGCGGCGGCUAUCGGGUGGAUGCCGGUGGCCAACUGCCCCAUGCCCCUUGCCCCCGCCGACAAGAACAAGCGGCAGGAUGAGCUGAUCGUCCUCAACGUGAGCGGCCGGAGGUUCCAGACCUGGCGGACCACGCUGGAGCGCUACCCGGACACGCUGCUGGGCAGCACGGAGAAGGAGUUCUUCUUCAACGAGGACACCAAGGAGUACUUCUUCGACAGGGACCCCGAAGUGUUCCGCUGCGUGCUCAACUUCUACCGCACGGGGAAGCUGCACUACCCGCGCUACGAGUGCAUCUCGGCCUACGACGACGAGCUGGCCUUCUACGGCAUCCUGCCCGAGAUCAUCGGCGACUGCUGCUACGAGGAGUACAAGGACCGCAAGCGGGAGAACGCCGAGCGCCUCAUGGACGACAACGACUCGGAGAACAACCAGGAGUCCAUGCCGUCGCUCAGCUUCCGCCAGACCAUGUGGCGCGCCUUUGAGAACCCGCACACCAGCACGCUGGCCUUGGUCUUCUACUACGUGACUGGCUUCUUCAUCGCCGUGUCGGUCAUCACCAACGUGGUGGAGACGGUGCCGUGCGGCACGGUGCCCGGGAGCAAGGAGCUGCCGUGCGGUGAGCGCUACUCGGUGGCCUUCUUCUGCCUGGACACGGCCUGUGUCAUGAUCUUCACCGUGGAGUACCUCCUGCGGCUCUUCGCGGCGCCUAGCCGCUACCGCUUCGUCCGCAGCGUCAUGAGCAUCAUCGACGUGGUGGCCAUCAUGCCCUACUACAUCGGCCUGGUCAUGACCAACAACGAGGACGUGUCGGGCGCCUUCGUCACGCUCCGCGUCUUCCGCGUCUUCCGCAUCUUCAAGUUCUCGCGCCACUCCCAGGGCUUGCGGAUCCUGGGCUACACGCUCAAGAGCUGCGCCUCCGAGCUCGGCUUCCUCCUCUUCUCCCUCACCAUGGCCAUCAUCAUCUUUGCCACUGUGAUGUUUUACGCCGAGAAGGGCUCCUCGGCCAGCAAGUUCACGAGCAUCCCCGCCUCGUUUUGGUACACCAUUGUCACCAUGACCACGCUGGGAUAUGGAGAUAUGGUGCCCAAAACAAUUGCAGGGAAAAUUUUUGGCUCCAUCUGUUCCCUGAGUGGCGUCUUGGUCAUUGCCCUGCCGGUCCCUGUGAUUGUUUCCAACUUCAGCCGGAUUUACCACCAGAAUCAGAGAGCUGAUAAACGCAGGGCACAAAAGAAAGCCCGCCUUGCCAGGAUCCGUGUGGCCAAGACAGGCAGCUCCAAUGCCUACCUGCACAGCAAGCGCAACGGGCUCCUCACGGAGGCGCUGGAGCUGAUGGGCACCCCAGAGGAGGAACACGUGGGCAAGAGCACGUCACUCAUUGAGAGCCAGCACCACCACCUGCUGCACUGCCUGGAGAAAACCACUGGGUUGUCCUAUCUUGUGGAUGAUCCCCUGUUAUCUGUACGAACCUCCACCAUCAAGAACCACGAGUUCAUAGAUGAGCAGAUGUUUGAGCAGAACUGCAUGGAGAGCUCGAUGCAGAACUACCCGUCCACGAGAAGCCCCUCACUGUCCAGUCACCCGGGCCUCACGACCACCUGCUGCUCCCGUCGUAGUAAGAAGACCACGCACCUGCCCAACUCCAACCUGCCGGCCACUCGCCUGCGCAGCAUGCAAGAGCUCAGCACGAUCCACAUCCAGGGCAGUGAGCAGCCCUCCCUCACUACCAGUCGCUCCAGCCUUAAUUUGAAAGCAGACGACGGACUGAGACCAAACUGCAAAACGUCCCAGAUCACCACAGCAAUCAUCAGCAUCCCCACCCCGCCAGCGCUAACCCCAGAGGGAGAAAGUCGGCCACCCCCUGCCAGCCCGGGCCCCAACACGAACAUUCCUUCCAUAGCCAGCAAUGUCGUCAAGGUCUCCGCCUUGUAAAACCACUGGACAGAGGGCCAGUGCGGGGAGUGGGAGCGAAGGGGGCUGGCAUGUGGGUGGGUGGCCACUGGGACCACUCCCUCCCCCCCCACCCCCACUUUUUCUGCCCGCCCUGUUGCACCCCUAGCACUGAAACUUGUGCCUGGAAGGGAAAGGAGGCAGCAAAGGGGCACCUGAGGUUCACCGCUGCUGGUGUGGGCGUGGAUGUGGUCGUGGCCCUGGCCCUGGCCCUGUACUACCGCAUCUCGCUGGGGCGAGAGGAAGGGAGAGGGGUAGGGGAUGGGAUGGCAGGGGGUGGUGGAGAGGCUGCGGGCCAGGACAGGGCCUGGAGGGGGGAGCCUCAGACCCAGUAACUCUUGUUUCUGGAGACCCCGGUGAGGAAAACACAAGACCAAGAGCAGCACGGAGGCCAAGUUGUCACAUGCAAAACAGGAAGAAAAUAUAACACUGUGUAUUUAAGCACCUUUUUCAAGGCUCUUAAUGGAUAAUAUUUAUUCAUGGGAAAAGGUGGAAAACAAAACAUCAACGGAUUUUUGUGAAAUAUUUUUCUCCAUGGACCCGAUACCUUUGAACCAAAACAAUGCAUUUUGUGAGGGUUUGUUUUUGUUUUUGUUUUUUUUCCUUCUUUUAUAGCAGAAGCUUUUAGGCUAAGAAGUCAGUUACUGCUGAGUUCUCUCUCCAUCUCCCCAGGUGGGUGAGGUCAACUGAGCCUGGGCACCCCCCUGCCCAGCUGACCUGCACAGAGCUGCCAACUGACCACACAGCAACACUUACCCUCUGUCCGUCCUUUGUCUCUGUCCCUCUCUGCUUUACCCCCCUGGCUGUUCUUCUCUGUGUCUAGCCAUCUGUCUCUACAUGGACCCCAGUGAUCCUGAGACAUGUUAGGAAAACCGUCUCCACUUCCAAGCACCUGCAGACUCCUGCCUGGGAGUUAGAACUGUGUGACUGCCGCUGUGGAAGAGAGAAUAAUAAAGCCAAAGCAGAAGAGUUUAGGGAGGAGGAAGUCUUCUUUAGAGAACGAAGUGCUUCCCUUGCGAUUAGAACCAGUGGUGUUUGCAGUUUCCAUUUCUGGGUGGGGGGAAAGGGAAUGAGCGGAUUUUUCACACUGGGAUCUUGACACAGGAACUAGCCAGGACCUAGGACACGCAGUCGAGUCUGGUGUGGGCCAGUGAAGACAGAACAGAAGAACCCAGGGCUCACAGCUGUAGUGGGCCCCUGGAGCUCCUUAGUUUGUAGCCUUCUUUCUGGACCAUCAUAAAGCCCAUUCAGAAUUCUGCCAAAAGGCCCCAUAAGCAGUUUCUUGCAGAAGGAGCAAGCUUAUGACUGAGGUAACUCCACAGGCUCCAGCAGACUUAAGACUGUGUGCUUCAUGGAGGACGCAUCAAAGUGUGAAAGCAAGUAAGCGAUUCUAGAUGAUUCAUACCUGGCCUGAAACACAUUUGAGGUCUGAAGGGUCUUGGGCCUGAUGUCCCAGAAGGUAACUGAAGUGGGGGCAAAGCCUGAUCACCUCCAUGCAAGGGAGGGAGUGAAUGUUACUUCUGGAGAGCCUGUUCAAGUGGCUGGCACUCUGGCGGGACUGGGAAAGCGUUUCUGGAAUCCUACCAUUUUCACUGUAUAUAGGAGGGCAGGUGGGCCUCAGGGUUCGUAACAAGCCCCUUCCCACCCUCCCUAGUUGCAGUCUCUCUAGCCGGGGCUCUGAGAUACAGAAGCCCCAUAUCCAUUUUACAGGUUAGUGAGCUGCAGUUUCACAAUAAGCCAAGGACCUCUCUGCCUACCACAACCAUCUAGACAAGUUUCACCAGUCGGGAACCUACGAAACACCUUCCGUGGGCUUCCUUAUGACCCCCAGCUCUACUGACCCAGGGGAAGGGGAAGGUCAGUGGGUUCUGAGGUGGCCUCUAAGCAGAAGGUGACCAGAAGGACAGAGGAGAGGGAGCCUUAGACCUUUAUCUCAUGCUAUCCUCGCUGACUACCAACUGAGUCCUUUCCUGGAUCUGGCCUCAAGGAUUUCCCCCUAAUGGGGGACAACCACCCUAUGGAAAUGGGGUGCUUUUGGCCUUCUGAGCCUGCAGUCUAAGUAGACAGAAAAGCUUUACAACUACGGAGGAAUAUAUAUGUGUACACACCCCCACACCACCACUCCCACACACACACCACCAACAACCUAAACACACCGGAGAAUAAGUGCUUAAAUCCAUUCACUUUGUACACAUAUCCCAUUAGGGAAGUCAAAAGACUGGGCUGGACUCCAUGUAGAAGUCAGGCAAAGGACUAGAAAUGGAAUUUUUCCUUUGAAAGAAUGGUAAUGGAACAAAGUCAGGAAUAUUGUAGUAUCUAAGUUUAUAUCAUAAAAACUGAGUGGGGUAAGGGACAAAGAGGGAAAUAGGAAUGCGGUUACAUACACAUACGAAUUGCCCAUGUUUAAAAACAGCUCAUCACAGGAUUAGAAUAAUGACAAUAUCCAACCCAGAGUCUGUUUGAUAGUGCACCAAGGGAGUGUUUUAUUGUGUCCCACAAAAUUAAUGAACCAGCUUUUAAAAUCAUGUCUCAGAUAAUUUCUCAAUUUUUUGCCCUAAUGAACUGUUUUGUGUUCCUUCAACUUCAUUUCUAAGUCCUACAUUAUACCAGUUCCUGAAAGACUUUAGACUAUCCGCUUCAUCUCCAUCGCCCAGUGUAGACUUAGCUGGGGAUAAGAGACCCAGCUCACCUCUGGUCCAAGGGAUGUCAACCCAGGAAAAUGGCUCAUCUACACAACAGAAUACAGCAAGACUACGCUGCUAGAAGACUUUUGUAAGUCAACCAAAAGACCUAAGUGUGCUGAACGGUUUAAUCAAUCUAACUCAUUGGCCAGUGACUGAAGAACCAGGAUAUCAGGGUUUUCUGGAGGCAAGGCCUUUCGGGGGAAAUGACUCUUAAGCUUUCAUAGUUCCUGAAUCACUUCAGCAUAAUAGAAGAUUCCCAAAACCACUUUCCCCAUUUGAUGCCAUUCAGCAUUAGAAAGCAUUAAAAAAUAAUAUAUUAUAGGCUACAUUCAAAUGAAUGGAAACUUAGAAAACAUAGAAUUAAGAAUAUAUCGGAACUAGAAAGGAUUAGGAAUAGCUAAUUGAUUUUACAGUAUAUAGAAGGCUGAGGCCCAGAGAAAUGAAGUGACUUGCUCAAGGUCAUGCAGUCAUUAAUGUCCUAGCUGGGACCAGAACACAAGUCCCUUGGCUGUGAGUCUUGUGCUUUUUCUACUACAGUUGCUGCCUCUCAGAGGAAUGAUGCUUUGGAGAAGACUCAUCAAAGAAAACAUGCUGUAACUAGAGGUAUAGUCUGAUGUGAAUUCAGUAUGGGCUGGACACAGCACUUGGGAACCAUUUCAUUGUACUAAUACAAACCAUCCUUUUGAAACCACCAUUCCCUGGAUAGAACCAGCUAUGGACGAUCAAUUCAGUUAAAAAAAAAAAAAAAGUGAACAAGUUAACAGUUUUCAUUCAGUCAAAUGUUACCUCUUCUCAGGAAGAGAGAGCUAAAACAUUUCAAAGCAUACUUUCUAGAGUCCUUUUGAUCCUUACUACAACCUCUGAUGGUAGCAGGUCAAGGGAAUAAGUCCUUGAUUCACAGAGAAGGAAAAGAGGCAGGAAGAAGAUGAGUGACUUACCCAAGUUCAUACAGCAAGUUAGUGGCAGAACUGAUUGCAAUCCAGGGCUUAAACAUCUUGCCCUAAGAUUUUUCUUCUACAUCCUGUUGCAUUGUUCUGGGGUUUGCUUCUACUUUUAAUACUUGGACUUCCAGGGUAGUCAUUAGUGGGAGGAAGCAUUCCACCAGAACCACUGUGAACCAGGACCUCCAGAAGCGAACUAUACUAUUUCGCCUUCAUCCCCUAUUCUCUUAAAAGUGUCAAGUUCAGGACUAACUGCGUGGAAUGCUGUUUGAAAGACCAGAUGUCCUCAGUGACAGUUGAACAGAUUAGCCUACAAUCACAUGGGAGUUUAAGGUCAACAAGUAGAAAAGUGAGACUAAGAGAAACAAAGAAUUUUAACAGAAAUUAAAGUGGACAGUAAAUGCUGAUCCAUGAUUAAUGAGAGUCACCUUGUGCACGUGCUGAGGACUUUACCUAGUUUUCAGAUUACGUUUCCUGCUGUUCAGGAUCAUGUCACUUAUUUGUCAGAAUAUAGGCAGGAAAAGUGUACAUUGAAACAUGUACCUAGAUUUUUUCCCUCAGCUUAACUUUGCAGAGUUGUUAAGUGGUUGGAAUGGAGCUAAACCUUUGACUCUGAGGUUAUUCAUGAAGUCCAGUGGCCCAGGCUCCCUCACUUCAAUCAUCAGGUCACGACGAGGCAGAAAGAUCCCAAUGCUGUUGUCUAAGGCAGGAUUAGUUUCCCUUCUCAACUAGCUGGUGUGGUAACCAUGACACACGGGAACCUGGAAGAUUUUUAUUUUCCUUUUGUGAUUUCCUUGUGAAAUCUCAUCACGUGCAAAGCUUUACAAUGACUGGACGAAGGAAAAGCAUUUGUAUGACCCAUGACCCUUGGAGCCCAAACAGCAUCAUGAAGAGAAAGUGGCUAUCAGCUUUAAGGGGGUUCUUUUUGAGUCUUGUUCUCUAUUCAGAAUGUUCUACGUUUUUCUCAUCAAGUGUGGGAAUGACAUUUAUCUUAGCAGGUUACUUGACUACACUGGAUGGCAUCAUGCCAAACCAGUGUAGGGCACUGACCCAAGUCCUGGGGGGCUCCUUGGACCAAUAGACUAUUUUACAAACCUGGGAGGUGGGAGGGAUGGUAUAUUUUUGAUAAUCAGACAUUCCAAUGUAAUGUUUUCCUUAGAGGUCACCCCCCACCCCGUUAAUGUUAUCGUGAAAAACAUCAAGUGUGUUCUUUUCUAUUUUCAUAUAAUAAAUGGGCUUUGCUUACCAACAUCUCAAUGGCAAAGAAGAAAUACUGUACAAAACUGCAGGAAGAUAAACAUGUGAACACUUUCUAUGGGGAAAAAAAAACAAAAAAAACCCUUGAGUUUCCGGUCGUCUUCUUUUGAAACUGUAGUGCGUAUGUUAAAACGUAUUAUCAUUUACAGUAUUACUGAGUCACGUGCCACUGCUGUACCUGAUGUGUCCGAUCUGGAUUAAACAGACCAUGUGCCACAAAG